AUGGUAGAGUAUCGUAUGCGAGUACAUGUUGUGGGCAACCGGCAAUCUCCGGCUGUUGCCAAUCUAGGUCUUUUAAAGACGCCUCAGGUCAGUGAAAAUGAAGUUGGUAGUGAUGUGCGAAAAUGUGUUUCUUCUGAUUUUUAUGUCGAUGAUGGUAUCACAUCAGUAUCUACUCCAGAGAAAGCCAUAUGGUUGAUGAAACAGACACAGAGAGCCCUUGCUUUGAAUGGUAAUCUGCGUCUACAUAAGUUAGCUUCCAACAAUGAGACAGUCAUUGCUGCAUUUCCACAAGUAGACCUUGCUAAAGAUUUAGCAAGUUUAGAUUUAACCAAGGAUGAGCUCCCUCUUCAAAGGUCCCUCGUUCUCACAUUGGAUCUACGAAAAGAUUGUUUUACAUUUCAGGUUUCUCACACUGACAAGCCUUUCACACGUCGCGGAAUUCUCUCAGUCGUUAACAGCUUGUAUCAUCCAUUAGGAUUUGUUGCCCUUGCUACGAUUUUGGGUAAAUGCAUGUUGAAAGAAAUGACUGUCGUGAAUGAUGGAUGGGACAAUCCUUUGCCUGAUAAAUAUCUGAAGCCAUGGAAGGAGUAA